UCCACGUGAAAAAGCGCAGACAUGGCGCUGGCGAAGCGGGACCCAGAGAUCUUCCUGGCACAAAGGUUGGCUUCGAACGAAACGUCCAUUAGGAUUAGGGCUUUAAAGACGCUGAGGAAAUACAUCAGCCUCCGGUCUCAGAAAAUCGAAGGUGGUUUCACGAGUGAUGACUUGUUGAAAAUAUGGAAAGGACUUUUCUAUUGUUUGUGGAUGCAGGACAAGCCGCUUCUGCAGGAGGAACUCUCUGAUCAAAUAUCUGGACUGAUGAAUAGCUUCUGCACCACAGAGAGCCAGCUGCUGUAUUUUGAAACUUUUCUUCAGACUCUAAAGAGAGAAUGGAAUGGCAUUGACAGACUUCGCAUGGAUAAAUUUUUCCAGCUGGUUCGCUUUGUCUUCAGACAAGCCUUUGGGAUGCUCAAGAGGAAAGAAUGGGAAACCAGUAUGGUAAAUAAUUUUUUAAAGGUUUUCACAACGCACCUCUUGCAGAGCAGAGAAGGCAUUCCAAAUGGGCUUGUGUUACAUAUUCUGGACGUGUAUAUGACUGAAUUGGCUCAUAUUGGUUCUGCAGAGCUGACAGCAGAUCAGAACUUGACCUUCAUUGACCCUUUCUGCAACACCAUGGCUAAAAGCAAAGAUCGCCGACUGGUGACUUCAAUUUCCAAACACAUCUUCUCCAGCAUAGUAGACCAGGCCUCCUUUGCUAUAGAGGACCUGAGGAAGGAGCUGUGUGAAGGAAGAGGAGCAGAUUCCGACUCUGGUCAGGCUUCUGAAGAUGAGGAGGAAACUGUUGAGCAAGAUGAACUCAAGAUAAACUGGAGAGCUAAUGUGGUCAACGGUGUCCCAAAGAAAAGCAACCAAGGCAGUCAAGAUGAAAUUCCUAUUAUGGAGGAUGCACGUCCUGAUGAGGAACCAAACAAUGAAGACCCUGAGCAUGUUCUCCAAUUUGACUAUGGUGCAAUAGCGGAUCGGCUGUUUGAGUUGGGCAGUCGCAAGAAUGCAACAAACUUCAAUCGAACUAGAAUGUACAGCAUGGUGAAGAUAUUUCGUGACUUAAGUGAAGGUGUCUUCCCACAAGAUGAGGAUGAGGACGAGCCAGAUUCUUCAGAAGAUGAGCUGUUUAACCAGAAGAAGGACAAAAAGAAAAGAAGGAAACGAAAGGGAGCUGAAGAAGGAACUUUAGCCAAGAAGCACAAAGAGAGUUUUGCUGCCAAGUUGGCUGUACUCCCACAAAAAACAGCUUGUGUAGUUGGUGAGAAGCCAAGCGAAGCAAACCAAAUUAAUGCAUCAAGCACUUCAGCAGAUGAUGGCGAAUCACAAGCCCAGGAUGAUGAACUAGGGUUACAAAGGCAAGUGAAGGCAAACAGCAAAGGCAAAAAAAGGAAAGGCAAAAAGCUGAAGUCGGAUAUACCGGAUGUUGGGGAAGAAGCAGCACCUCAAUCUCUGUUAAUUUCAAAAGACAUGAAUAAAGAACUUAUUCUUGUUGAUGAAGGGGUUAAAAGGCACCCAAUUCCAAAGACAGUAGCAGAGGACAAAGGCGGAAAGGAGCAAACCACAACUCUAUCUAGCAACGGAAAAAAGCCCCCCAAAAAAAGGGCUGGAAAGCAAAUCUCGGAGUGUGCCUCUGACAUCCUUGAAAACAGCCAGCAUCUGGCGGAGUUCAGUGAUCAUACUCCUCUGAAGAAAAAGAAAAGUGUGCUAGCAGGUGAAGAGAGCACAAAAGGGGUGGAUGUUAAAAUGAGCAGAGAAGCUGAAGUGCCACUGAAGAGAUGCACAAAUAAAAGGCCGGCAGAUCCGAGUAGAGCAUUGCCUAUACAAAUGUACCCAUCAGAAGAUCAGACCAACAGUGCUACCUGCGUGCUGAGGAAAAAAACAAAGCACAAGAAAAAGAUGAUUAUGAAAAUGAGAGCUGAUGCAAAGAUCGUUAAUUCUUUACUAGAGAAGACUUGUGCAGAUGUUCAAGCAGAAUACGUUUCCUCACACCCACCAGCUGCUGUGGUGAUUACAACAGGAUGUCAGUCAUCAAAUACUACUGCUCCCUUGUUGAUGAACAAGAAAAGCAAGAAACUGAAAUCAAAAGGUAAAUCUAGAGAAACCGCAAGUUGUGGAGAUGUGGACAUGUCAUCUGACUGCACAGACACCAAGAUUAAUUGCAUAGAAGCAUUAAAUGCAGAUGCUGUUAAACACUCUAAACUCAGAUCAACGAAGAAACAAAAGAAAAAGAAAUGCAUUUCAUCACAAGAGCAAGAAUUCGGAGUAGACAUGGAGCAGUCUGUAGAUGCAUUGUGUGCAGCACAGACUAAUGCAGUCAAACGGUCUUCCAGUACUCCCACGCCACUUCAAAAGAAGAAAACCCAGAAACGAAAGGUGCAGUUGGCAGUGUGUCUGACAGGAGAGCUGAAUAUGGGAGUUCAGCCUACAAAGGACAACUGCAUAACCAAAGAGCAUGAGGAUGUUGAGUGGUCCACUACUGUAAUACCCAAAAAGAAACUGAAGAUGAAGAAAGGCUUACAAGAAGCUAACUUUAUCUCCUUUGAGGGCAAAAUGACUCCCCCCAAUCCACUCUUCUGUAAAACUAAACCAAAAGGCUGGAGCGCACCACUGUCCAGCAUCAAGGCUUUCCAUACUCAACAGUCCGAAACUAAGAAAGUGACUUUUGGACUUAAGAACAACAAAACCACUGAAUUCAGGAAGACCGAUUGGAGCUUGUUGGUGAGCCCUGUAGGCUCGUCUCGUGUGGCUUUUGAUCCUAAGAAAAUGCCCGUGUCCAGCAUGCUGAAGUCACCUGUUGUCAGCGUGAAGAAAACUGUAUCCAGGAAAAGGCCAACAGCAGCAGAUUUCUUUUAAGACUGAAGAAAAUGGAUGUUUUUUCUUGUUGGUUAUCUGCUAUAACUGUUUUGAUGGAGGAAUAUUAGUCUCUUUGAUGUGGAUUAUUUGAAAUUCACAGUUGAUUGUUGUCCUUACUGUUAACAUGAAUACAUGUACACCUGUGGCUUGUGGAAGUGUUAAGUCUGAUUUAACUCUAGUUUCUUAUAUAAGAAAUUCCUUGGAGCAAUGGGUGUUGCUUUUAUUUUUUGUACAGAAGGGCACAAUGUUUAUGCCUGGUAUUGGAGUAAGUUUUUCAAUGUAAUUUGACUGUUCUAUACCUUUUUAAUAUCUUUAAUAUUUGUAAGUGAAUGCGAAGCCCACUUUUGAAGUCUUCAGCCUAAUUGGUUUUGUAGACUUGUCUUUUGUGACACUAUAAAGUGAUUUAAAACUUC